AUGACCGAGGCCAUUCACUCGCAGUACGAUUCGAUUCUCAUCCUUGAUUUCGGCUCGCAGUACUCGCACCUCAUCACACGACGAUGCCGUGAACUCAACGUCUACUGUGAGAUGCUUCCAUGCACUCAAAAGAUCAAGGAUCUCGAUUGGAAGCCCAAGGGCAUCAUUCUCUCCGGUUCGCCCUACUCGGUCUACGAUGAGGUAGCUCCACGCGUUGACCCGGAUGUCUUCACCGCCGGUGUUCCCGUGCUUGGAAUCUGUUACGGCCUGCAAGAGAUUGCUUGGAACCACGGUGGGAAAGUCGAUCCUCACGACAAGCGCGAGUACGGCCACGCGAUGGUCGAGGUCGUCAAGCACGGCGUGCCGCAUCUCGAUGCUCUUUUCAAAAACUGGGAGGGCAGUGUUCAGGUAUGGAUGUCGCACGGAGACCAGCUCUCCAAGGCUCCUGAGGACUUUGUGGUGAUCGCAAAGACGCCCACCGCUCCGUUUGCUGCUAUGGCUCACAAGAGCAAGCCCAUCUACGGUGUUCAGUUUCACCCGGAAGUCACCCACUCGUUGCGUGGUGUCGAGCUGUUCGAUAGCUUUGUCGACAUCUGCGCCUGCCGACGCGACUGGACUAUGGAAACGUUUAUCGACAAGGAGAUCAAGCGUAUCCGCGAGAUCGUCGGUCCCAAGGGUCAGGUUCUUGGUGCCAUCUCGGGUGGUGUCGAUUCUUCGGUCGCUGCUAAGCUCAUGCACGAAGCCAUCGGUGACCGCUUCCAUGCCGUCAUGGUCGACAAUGGUGUGCUGCGAACCAAUGAGGCCGCCCAGGUCUACGAAAUGCUCUCCAAGGACCUCGGUGUCAACCUGACCGUCGUCGACGCAUCCGAACAAUUCCUGUCCAGGCUGAAAGACGUCGAAGACCCCGAGCAAAAGCGAAAGAUCAUCGGCAACACUUUCAUCCACGUCUUCGAAGCCGAGGUCGCCAAGCUCGAGAAGCAAGCUGAAGACGAAGAGGCAGCAGCGUUGGCGGCUGGAAAGCCGCAGGAGGCCAAGGGCAAGUUCGAGUAUCUGCUCCAAGGAACCUUGUACCCGGAUGUGAUCGAGAGUAUCUCAUUCAAGGGUCCUUCGGCCACCAUCAAGACGCACCACAACGUCGGAGGAUUGUUGGAGGACAUGAAGUUGAAGCUCAUCGAGCCUCUGCGCGAGCUCUUCAAGGAUGAGGUGCGUGCGUUGGGCAAGCUGCUGGGGAUUCCGGCCCAUCUGGUUGGACGACAUCCUUUCCCUGGACCUGGCUUGGCCAUCCGCAUUUUGGGACCAGUGACCCGCGAACAGGUCAAGAUUCUUCAGCACGCCGACAGCAUCUACAUUGACGAGAUUCGAGCAGCGGGCUUGUACGAUCAGAUUUCGCAGGCGUUCGCCGUCUUGUUGCCUGUCAGGGCGGUCGGUGUUCAGGGAGACAAGAGGACCUAUGACCAGGUGAUCGCACUUCGUGCGGCAGCUACCACCGAUUUCAUGACGGCCACUUGGUACCCCUUCCCCGCCGAGUUCUUGUCCAAGGUCAGCAACAGGAUCACCAACGAAGUGCAGGGCGUCAACAGGGUCGUUCUGGAUAUCUCGAGCAAGCCUCCUGCUACGAUCGAGUGGUUGUAG